UAGAGUCAGCGUUUGUUGUGUAAUAACAUUUGUUAUAUUUUCUAGAGCACAAUAGCUCUUAAUAGUUAUAAAUUCAAUUACAAUAUUUAUACGCGAAAUUAGAGUCAGUAUGUAAAUGGACGCGUUAAUAACCUACUUUUUUCCUUUUUUUUUUAUACAUCUUUAUUUUAAACAUUCGCCCUCGGUAGUGGAAACGCAAGUUUUGCAAGAGGACAUAGCCUCUCCUGGAAUCUCCCCAUGAAUGUUCAUCGCUCCUUCCACUUGCUCCUGUUUCUUGAAAAAGACCUAAUGGGGCUUCAGAUGUCUAGAAUCUUUCUUUCGUGGGAUUGCAUGGCUCCCCUUGAUGAUGGUCUUCACGAUGACUUUCCCUGAGCUACCGGAGCAUCGAUGGCCCUGUUCUUCGCAUCUAAUGGUUAUACUACAAAAAUGUACGCGAUAUAUUACAUUUCUAUUUGUAUAAUUGUUUGUACGAUAAUCAUUGCAAGAGUAUAUUUUGUAAUGUUUCCUACACAUAAAACAAGCGGAAGGAAAUCAAUUCGAAAUAAACCAGUUAAAACAAUGAUUGUAUUAGGAUCUGGAGGACAUACCGCAGAAAUGAUAAGAAUACUUAAUUAUUUAAGCUUUAAAAAUUACUCACCAAGAGUAUAUGUGUAUGCUGAUACAGAUUCAAUGAGCAUUGAAAAAGUUAAAUAUUUAGAAAAGAAUAAUGUAGAUUAUAAGAUAAUUAAAAUUCGUAGAAGCAGAGAAAUUCAUCAGUCGUACUAUACAUCUAUUUAUAGUACUAUUUAUGCAACUCUGGAAUCAAUUCCUUACUUGUGGAGAGAAUGUCCAGAGGUACUUCUAUGUAAUGGUCCAGGAACUUGUGUCCCUUUAUGUAUAGUAGCAUUCUUAUUUAAAGUAUUUUGUAUCGCGCAAACUACUAUAAUAUUUGUUGAAAGUUUUUGCAGAGUCAAAACAUUGUCAUUAACGGGAAAAAUUUUGUAUUAUAUAGCAGAUUACCAAAUAGUACAAUGGCCAUAUUUACAAGAGCCAGAUGACAAAAGUAGUAAAAUAUUUUAUUUCUAAAUAAAAUAACUUUAAUUUAUA